AGGUUUCAACAACUGCAUCCAAAAACACUUUGCACCUCACCGAACCACAUUACUGUGCAUCAGCCCAACAUUAGCAUAUUCAAGAGACUAACUGCAGUUACAUGUCUAUGGAGGUCCUUCCAGGUCACCUUGAGUUUCCUGGGCCUGAUCUCUGAUGAAGGACCCUCCCCCUGACCCCAGACCCAGGGAGCCUGCCUGCCUGGGAGCCAGCCUCUGUGCCUGUGUGUCUCACUGCCACCGACAGUGGCAGCAGGAGGAAUCUGAGCGGAGUGGUGUAGGAAGAUUCAGUCCCUGAGCGGCAGCAGCACAGCUCUGAUCCUGCCCUUGCCUCUGCUGUAGUAUGAGGACUCUUCUCGAGUACGUCGCCUUUUUCUUCGCUCUGGUGUCAUCUGGCUUUCUCAUCGUGGCCACCUGGACGGACUGCUGGAUGGUCAACACUGACGACAGUCUGGAGUUCAGCUCCAGUUGUCGAGGCCUGUGGUGGGAGUGUGUGACCCACGUCUUCGAUGGAGUCACAACCUGCGAUGAAUAUGACUCCAUAUUUGCUGACCACUCCGUGAAGCUGGUGGUAACCCGAACCCUGAUGAUUAUGGCUGAUAUCCUGUCCGGGUUCGGCUUCGUUAUCCUGCUCCUCGGACUGGACUGCAUAAAAUUCCUGGAGGAAGCACCAAACAUUAAGAUCCGGAUCUGCUUAGUUGCUGGAAUAACGUUACUGCUGGCAGCGGUCCCUGGAAUGAUCGCCUCAGUGUGGUACGCGGUCGGGGUCUACGUGGAGCGCACCACGCUGGUUUUCCACAACGUGUUCCUGGGGCUGCAGUACCAGUUUGGCUGGUCCUGCUGGCUCGGAAUGGCUGGCUCUAUGGGCUGCGUUCUAGCAGGGACCGUGCUGACAUGCUGCAUGCACUUGUUUAAAGACGUUGGAUCUGGUCGAAAUCCGUUCCACUACAACCAUCCCUCGAGGCUAGUGCAGAGGAAGAAGCCUGCCAGACUGUCCCCUGACACCAUGCACUCCUACACCAGGAGUGAAACAGCCAAGAUGUAUGCCGUGGACACCAGGGUUUAGAGCCAGGCAUUUAACAGCAGUGCUGCAGUAUGGGCCUCCAUUCUCAUCAGGAUUUACACUUGCACCUGCAAGAGGCUGAAAAGCAUUUUCUUCAGAAAAAGACGACCACGCACACAGCACUUUGCUUCUACAACAGCGCCACCUGCUGGGCAGAAACUGAACUUUGCUGGACAGAAAACAGGCUUUCUUGUCUAUUGCACAUCCAUGAACCAGUGGCCGGGACAUGACCGCCAGAGUGACUGCGUGCAUUCAAAGACACAUUCUUUAUGAUUAGUGCAUCCUUUUCCACUCCUGUUUAUAGUGGGUAUUGCCAGAAACGAUGAGUCCCACUUAGAGAUGACAGAUGUUUACUAGUUUAUGUUUGAUGUACGGUACUGUCUGUAUAAUAUUGUGCUCCCACGAUCUAACCAUUAGCAGAAUAAAACUAAUACUCAUGUCUUUAACUUGCUUGUUUGCUUAUUGCUUUCUUAUAUUCUUGUUUUAUUUCACCGUUGCAUCAGGAAAUUAAC